AUGUGGGGAACAGGUCUGAGGCAGGCACACUCAAGCCUUGCUCCAGAGCUGAGGCUGGUGGGAGAUGUGCCUCUGCGGGAGCUUGGUGAGGAUGACAGCACGUCUAGCGCCUGCUUGGAGCAGGGCCAUGAACCUGGGCUUGUGCAGCUGGUGAAUUACUACAGGGGAGCAGACAAGCUGUGCCGCAAAGCAUCUCUGGUGAAGCUAAUCAAGACAAGCCCUGAACUAUCGGAGUCCUGCACGUGGUUCCCUGAGUCAUAUGUGAUUUACCCAACAAACUUGAAGACCCCCGUGGCUCCAGCACAGAAUGGAAUUCGCCAUCUCAUAAACAACACGCGGACAGAUGAGCGGGAAGUCUUCUUGGCAGCUUACAACAAGCGUCGGGAAGGCAAAGAAGGCAACGUGUGGAUCGCCAAGUCCUCAGCUGGUGCCAAAGGGGAAGGGAUCCUGAUUUCUUCAGAGGCUGCAGAGCUCCUGGACUUCAUCGACGAGCAGGGACAAGUUCACGUGAUUCAGAAAUACCUGGAGAAGCCUCUGCUUUUAGAGCCAGGGCAUCGCAAGUUUGACAUCAGGAGCUGGGUUCUCGUGGAUCAUCAGUAUAAUAUCUACCUCUACAGAGAGGGUGUCCUGCGGACCUCUUCCGAACCGUAUAACAGUGCUAAUUUCCAGGACAAAACCUGCCACUUGACCAAUCACUGCAUUCAGAAGGAAUAUUCCAAAAACUACGGGCGGUAUGAGGAAGGGAAUGAAAUGUUCUUCGAGGAGUUCAACCAGUAUCUGAUGGAUGCCCUGAACACAACGCUUGAGAAUAGCAUCUUACUGCAAAUCAAACACAUAAUAAGAAGCUGCCUUAUGUGUAUAGAGCCUGCAAUCAGCACGAAGCAUCUUCACUACCAGAGCUUCCAGCUCUUUGGCUUUGACUUCAUGGUGGAUGAGGAGCUGAAGGUCUGGCUGAUAGAAGUCAAUGGGGCCCCGGCGUGUGCCCAGAAGCUGUAUGCAGAGCUCUGCCAAGGAAUUGUGGAUGUAGCCAUCUCUAGCGUUUUCCCCCUCAACGACACUGGGCAGAAGACGAGCCAGUCAUCAUCGAUCUUUAUCAAGCUGUGAUGACGACAGGAAUGCUUCUACUGUGCACAGGGAGAGACUGCACCCAUCGGGUCAGCACAGUUUGGUGGCUUAUCUCAGUAUCAUGCCAAAAAGUGAUAGAGACAGGCUUCUUAUUUCCUGGAAAAUCAUGAGGAAAAACAACAAAACAGGCAUCCACACAGAGCUGCAAUGAGCCAGAGCUGCUCAGACAACUCCGCCUGUGUUCACCAAAAUCCACUUUAGAAACAGCCGUGUGACUUUGAUAUCUAAAACAAAUCUCUCUGGGAGAACAACAAAAUAACCUUAAAAUGAAACCCGAACAGGGAUACU